UACGUUGACACACCCUGCCGCUUGCAAUACACGUCAACUUGUAUAAAUAAAUAAAUCCAAGCCAAAUAAAAACAUUGAACAUUGUGAGACUGAAACUAUGGGUGAAAAAGGCGAGGAGACGGGACAGAAGCCUGAGAAGCGUUCCACCAAGGAUGCCUACUUCGAUAGCCUCUUAGAGUGGUCCAAACAGGCGACACUUGCCCAGAAUGCGAUGCUUAUGUUUCCUUACUAUUUGAUGGCCAACUAUCCGACUAUGUUCCAGGGACUGCCUGCUUCCGCUGCACUUCCCCAAGCGGCCGCUCCUGAACCAUCACUGGUUCAGGGAUCGGGUGCAGCGCCAGGAGAUCCUGCUGCAGCUGCUCGUUCGCCGCCGCCAAACUUCAGACGCCUGAGAGUCAUGGACGAGGCGGCCCAGCAGGAAAUCAUACAGCGUCUAGGCGGCUACGAGUACGUUCUGGCACCGUUUUGGAAGCGUGCCGUAGCGGAGACCAUCGACAUGCUCAUCCUUUUUAUAGUGAAAAUCAUCAUAACCUUCGGAGUGGUCAACCUGUUUAACAUAGAUUUCGAUGAGGACGUGAUUCGGCGCACCCUAGACGAAGAAGACUUGUUUGGGAAUUUCAUUGACACUUCACUAGAUUUCAUAUCGAUUUCCACCGACCUCUUGCUCAUCGAAAUGCUGACGAAACUCACAGUCUGCUGCUACGAAGCGCUUUGGACAUCCCUCUACAAUGGGGCUACGCCGGGCAAGUCACUAAUGAAAAUACGCAUCCACUAUGUGGAGGCGGUGUUGCCGCUUCAGGCUCCGCCCCUUCCACAGUUCGUGCUUCAGCCGCAGAGGGAGCCGAUGAGGGCUUUGCUUUAUCCAGCAGAGACUCCCACGCUGAUGCGCUCCUUCGCCCGCGCCCUUACCAAGAACCUGGGGAUGACCCUGCUCUUCCCCAUCUGCGUAGUAAUGAUCUUCUUUAAGAACAACCGCACCGCCUACGACGUCCUAACAAAAACGAUUGUGGUGGAGACCAAUUCCAAUGCGGUGCUCCGCACCCAAGUGCAACCGCAGCGAAAUCGCUGAGCACGGAACGUAAACCAGCCAAAGUGUCUAGGAAUUGCGCACUGUUUCCUAUGCAUAUAUAAAUAGACUUGUUAAUGCUAAAUUUAAUGUCGUUAUGUAAUGCUGUCCUGUGAAAUAAAACGAAAUCUCACACGAA